CGGCGGCCGGAGCGGGUCGCGGUGCCGACGCGGGGGCGGCGGAGCCAGGCGGGGGCGGCCGCGGGCCGCCGGGGCAGGAUGUGGCCAUGGAGGAGGCGGGCGCGCCGCUGCUCCCCGACAGCCUGGUCUUCCAGAUCUUCCUGAGCCUGGGCCCGGCCGACGUCCUGGCCGCGGGGCUGGUGUGCCGCCAGUGGCGGGCCGUGGCCCGCGACGAGUUCCUGUGGCGGGAGCAGUUCUACCGCUACUACCAGGUGGCCCGCGACGUGCCGCGGCACCCAGCGGCCACGUCGUGGUACGAGGAGUUCCAGCGGCUGUACGACGCGGUGCCGUGCGUGGAGGUGCAGACGCUGCGGGAGCACACGGACCAGGUGCUGCACCUGAGCUUCGCGCACUCGGGCGGCCAGUUCGCCUCCUGCUCCAAGGACUGCACCGUGAAGAUCUGGAGCAAUGGCCUGGCCAUCUCGCUGCUGCACAGUGCGGACAUGCGGCCCUACAACUGGAGCUACACCCAGUUCUCCCAGUUCAACCAGGACGACUCGCUGCUGCUGGCCUCGGGCGUCUUCCUGGGGCCGCACAACUCCUCCUCGGGCGAGAUCGCCGUCAUUAGCCUAGACACCUUCGCCCUGCUGUCCCGCGUGCGCAACAAGCCCUACGACGUGUUCGGCUGCUGGCUCACGGGCACCAGCCUCAUCUCCGGAAACCUGCACCGCAUCGGCGACAUCACCUCCUGCUCCGUGCUCUGGCUCAACCACGCCUUCCAGGACGUGGAGUCGGAGAACGUGAACGUGGUGAAGCGGCUCUUCAAGAUCCAGAACCUCAACGCCAGCACCAUCCGCACCGUCAUGGUGGCCGACUGCAGCCGCUUCGACAGCCCCGACCUGCUGCUGGACGCCGGCGGCCCGGCCGCGCCCUGCCGCGUCUUCGACCUGGGCGGCGACUCCGACAGCGACUCGGACGGGCCCGGCCCGGCCCCCGCCCCGCCCCGCCCCAGGGGCUCGCGCCGCUUCCCGGACACGCAGGCGCAGCUGUCCGAGCGCGUGCUGGAGACGCGGGUGGCCGAGCUGCUGGCCCAGGGCCACACCAAGCCCCCCGAGCUGGCCCCCGCCGACGCCAGGAACAAGUACCUCAUCUUCACCACGGGCUGCCUCACCUACUCGCCGCACCAGAUCGGCAUCAAGCAGAUCCUGCCGCACCAGAUGACCACGGCCGGCCCCGUGCUGGGCGAGGGCCGCGGCUCCGACGCCUUUUUCGACGCGCUGGACCACGUCAUCGACGUGCACGGACACAUCAUCGGCAUGGGCCUGUCCCCCGACAACAGGUACCUGUACGUCAACAGCCGCGCGUGGCCCCGCGGCUCGGUGGUGGCCGACCCCAUGCAGCCGCCCCCCAUCGCCGAGGAGAUCGACCUGCUGGUGUUCGACCUCAAGACCAUGCGGGAGGUGAAGCGGGCGCUGCGCGCACACCGCGCCUACACGCCCAACGACGAGUGCUUCUUCAUCUUCCUGGACGUCAGCCGGGACUUCGUGGCCAGCGGGGCCGAGGACCGGCACGGCUACAUCUGGGACCGGCACUACAACAUCUGCCUGGCCAAGCUGCGGCACGAGGACGUGGUCAACUCGGUGGUCUUCAGCCCUCGGGAGCAGGAGCUGUUGCUGACCGCCAGCGACGACGCCACCAUCAAGGCCUGGCGCUCGCCGCGCACCGUCCGCCUCCUGCAGGCCCCGCGCCUGCGCCCCCGCCCCUUCUUCUCCUGGUUCGGCUGCCACAGGCGCUGAGGGCCGACCUGGCUGGAGCCGCGGGGACACUGCCGAGGCCCCGUGGGUGGCUCCCCUGUGUGGGGUGGCUUCGCUUGUAGCAGGGAUCCUCAGGAGGGGGUCGGCCCGGCCCCCCCACGCACACGCACAGCCUCACAUGGCCCGCGCUCCACGCCCCGGCCCCACACUGGCCGCGGGGCCAGCAUGGCGUGCACAGGACACUGGAGGCCUCACUCCUCACCCACUCCCUUCCCCGGGCUGCAGGUGCACACGGCCCCAAGCCCGGCCACUCAGGACAGUCCUCACGCCUCGGCCCAGCAGGCCAGGCUCCCGCCCUGGUGACUUGGUUUGUACCGGCGGUGCUGGGGGCCUGGCCACUGGCCACUGGCCACUGGCCCAGGGCUCGGAAUAAACAGUUGGCAA